AUGUCUGGGCAGUUGAGUUCGAAGGAAUUGUCAGCGAUUUCACUGACGGCUGACGAAGCCAGCGAAAAGUCAACACAGCCGUCGAUUGUUCAGCCCAAACUGAAUUUAUUGUUACACUUUGUCGAUCAGCCGGACGAAGAUUUGGAUACAUCCAACAAGGAUUAUCUGGAUAAUUUGGAUUCAUUCAACGCUGGCCGGCUCUCAGACGAUGCUUCAACGGACUUGGACUCUAUGGAUGGCUCCGUCGACAACAGCGGCAGCGUGUCCUCCGUCGAUACCGAGAUCCUCAAGAAAACGAAGAAAUCAAUCCCUAAAUCGGUCUACCAGAAAAGAAAAACAGUGAAGCCAACUGUGACGAAAAAAGCUACCAAGAAGAGCAUUAAGACAAAAUCGUUGCUAAAAAUGAAGGCUCCAAAGCCAAAGAAAAAGCAGUCACAAUUUGGAGAGAGAUCCACAACGAUGAACAAUGAUGAUUUGCACAGCUUAUCGAGGAAUAGCAGCGGACGAUCCAUUCCUUCCCAACCCAGCUCAUCGUUAUAUAUGUUUAAGGUGAUUAAACACCCGGAGCCCCGCAAGAAGAAGAAGUAUGUUAUCCAUACGGAUGAGGGCUCCUCCUCGAAUUCGAAUUUAUCUACACUGUCGAUUCAUCGGGAUGACGAAAUCUACGUGCGAAACGAGCUGAUGGCUAACCUGAGGCCUCUACCCGACAUCAAUGAUCUGACCGAUGUCAGCAGCUUCCAUUCGAUAGCUGUGCAGAGGAAGGUGGAUAAGCCCACUGACAAAACUAAAUCGUCGAGAGAGUAUGACACGUCCAUUUUCGAUGAGUACGAUACGCAGAGCCUCUUUGCUGAAAGUGUGGGUCGCGCGACCGCGAGCUCGAAGACAACGGGACUGAACACCGCAUUUCCAUCACUGAGCAGUUUGAGCGAUGAAGUCCAUGUGAUUGAUGCGAAAACAAGAUCGGUUAUGAUCCUUGAUGUAACGAAGAGAUUAACAGACUUGAGUCAAGACGAUAGCUCACACCAAAUAUUGGAGACCGAUCCGAGCGCACAGCAAAAUGAGAUCUUGGAACCAUUCCUGCAAGAGCUCAUCAGUCGUGCUGUCGCUACGGUCGAGGACAAAGUUAAUCAACUCAAUCACUCCCUGGACAAGGAGAAACUGAUGAAGCAGCUCAUCUCCUCCAUAACCCAAUUGCGAAGUGUGGCCAGCAAGAGGCGUCUGUUGGCCGGCAGCUUGAAGGAUCACUUCCUGCGCAGGAAGGAGAUGACUUAUAUUACAGUUGAGGGUAAAUUCGAUAAGUUCAAUUACAAGCGCUGGCGAAAGUCCCUCCUCCAGCUUGAUCGACUGCUUGAGAUCCAGAGCAAGACGCUGGACCAGGUCGACAGUCAGUUGAUCAAGUUGAACGAGGAGCUUGAGGCGACCCGCAUGGACUCCGCCCUCAAGAUAGUGCACCUGGAGCACGUCAUUCGAAGCACUCUUCUAACCAAAGAUAGUUUUACCCACUUGGCCAUCUAUGUGGACGAUACUUUGCGUCGGAUGGGCGUCUUGAGAGACGAAUUGUCCGAAAUGCGAUUGGAGCUGUUCAACACUCAGCAUCGUUACGCUGAUAUCAAAUAUAAAUCCGAUAAGCUCGAGAAUCUUGGAGGUGGACUCAAAAUGCAGGAUUAUCUAAGCCAGCAGGCAGAGACCUAUGCGCUGAGCGCUAAAAUCCGAGACCGCAAUAAGGAGCUGCAACGCCUCCAUCAGAAAAUCAAGUUCAAUAUGCAUGCGCUGGCCCAUCACAAGUGCAAGGCGUUCAUGGAGGGCAGGAACUACUUGCGCCUGAAAGACCAGAUGGAAAAAAGUGAAGAGAGAAAAGCCCUUUGUCAGAAGCUCAUCUACCUGGGCAAGCUGACCCACAAUAGGAUUCAGCGGGAUCUGCAUAAGCUGAAAACUUCUGGGCCACUGCUAUUCUACCCACAGCUAAUGUCAGACUACGACGACACUCUAGUAUUUCUGGAGAAGAAGCACGCAGCAGUCGCAAAGCUCCGUGAGGACUUGUCGCGGCUGACAGAACGCCUUAUCGUAGCGGAGCGAAGACUAGCAGAGGACAAGGAGGAGAUAAAAAUGUUAGGAUCAACAGUAAAGGCAGGAACAGCAAGGAAAGGCGCAUUUGUUGUAAAUGGACAAAGUGUUUUAUAA